GCGAGCAAAGUUCCAAUUUUUAACUACUUGUAGUAUGUAUGUAGAUCUUAUAUCUAUUUUCAUAAUUAAAAUUACUAGAUACCUAACUAGCUGUAAUUUGUAUUGUAUGACAAAACGUUUUGUUUAGUUUUUUGUCGGAUGCCAUUUUGACAUUUCUCAAACAGCUGAUAAAAAUUUGUCCUUCAUAACCUAAAGUAUUUCCAAAACUUUAAUAAUGGCUUUAAGAAAGGCUAUAUAUAAACUGGUGGACAAGCGAAUUCCGCUCCAACAAAUAUCCAGGGUUCGGACACUGGCUACAAAGAUUGUCGAGAAAGACAUUGCCACGAAAGAAGGCCAGACUCAUUUCGGCUUUGAAACUGUUGACGAGAAUGAAAAGUGGAAGAAAGUCCACCAGGUAUUUGAGACAGUGGCCAACAAGUAUGAUCUAAUGAAUGAUGUGAUGUCCUUUGGGAUACACCGAGUAUGGAAGGAUGCCUUCAUGUGUCGUCUGUGUCCCACACAUGGCACCAAGCUGUUAGACAUGGCCGGCGGCACAGGUGACAUCACAUUCAGAUACAUAAAAUACUUACAAAACCUGGGUCCGGCGGCCGACGGCACGCGCAGCAGCGUCACCGUGUGCGACAUCAACCAGUCCAUGCUGGACGUCGGACAGCUAAGAGCUAAACGAUUAGGCUACACAUCUGAGUCAUCUCACGUCGACAUCGACUGGCUUUGCGCAGACGCAGAGAAGCUGCCGAUACCCGACGACACAUACAACGCCUACACCAUCGCUUUCGGCAUUAGGAACUGUACACACAUUGACAAGGUGCUGGAGGAGGCUUACCGCGUGCUGACGCCUGGCGGGCGUUUCAUGUGCCUCGAGUUUAGUCAAAUACCCAACGAUACUUUACAAUGGGUGUACGAUCAGUACUCGUUCCAAGUGAUCCCUGUGCUGGGCCAGCUGGUGGCGGGGCAGUGGAAACCUUACCAAUACUUAGUGGAGAGCAUCCGUCAGUUUCCUAAUCAGGAGAAAUUCAAAGCGAUGAUCGAAGACGCAGGCUUCAGGCAGGUGACGUACGAAAACAUGACCUUCGGUACCGUCGCGAUACAUUCAGGCUUUAAGAUAUAGAGGGAUGUUUGCCUUGUGUAAGUUUAGAUUUGUAUAUAAAAAUAAGUAUUAAACGGUGUUGUUUAUUUUUAUUUA